AUUGCCGACAAUCGUUUGGGUCUUUCGCCGCAAGAUGUUGCAACGCUUCGCCAGCACCAGCAGCGCGCCCAUCAAGAUUCCAGGUCUUCAGCUGGAUCUCAGGCCAGCAGUCAGGGCCGGCUAUUGCUCGAUCCAGGAAGUCUACAAUUGCUGUCUCGACACUUCGAUCGGGUCAUGCAGGCUAUCGCGCAAAGACUAGAGCAGCUCAACGAAGCCACCGAAAGAGCUACACAAGCGCAAUACGAUCGAUCGGGCAAUGCGAUACAAAUGGCAGAUGCUGAGAUAGCCCGUUUCCGAGCCAUACUACAGCAAAUCGACGAGCUUGAAAUGGAAUUUGACAAGAUUAAGAGAAUCAGAGAAAUCGUUCGUGGAUUUCGUGCUCGUGUUGAGCAUUUGGAGAGA